AUCCUCAUUGCAUACUUGUUAGUUAAUUAGAAAGAGAAAUCAUCCAACUAACUUCGAUCAUGGACGGUUCAUUCUCUCCAAUCAGCUCCUCCAACUGGAGGACCAUUUUAUGUGUGGUCAUGGCGGUGAUAACAGUGGUGAACAUUGUUAUUCCUCAAGUUGAGGCUCAGGGUCGAGCUUUUUUGGUUUUUGGAGACUCACUCGUCGACAAUGGCAACAAUGACUACCUUGUCACCAGUGCUCGAGCGGACUCACCACCUUAUGGGAUUGACUACCCGACUCACCGUCCCACCGGCCGAUUCUCUAAUGGCCUCAACAUUCCGGACAUUAUUAGUGAGCAACUGGGAACAGAAUCAACGCUGCCAUACUUGAGCCCAGAGCUGACAGGUGAAAGACUGCUUGUUGGUGCCAAUUUUGCCUCUGCCGGGGUUGGAAUUCUCAAUGAUACCGGCAUUCAGUUUUUGAACAUUAUAAGGAUAUUUAAGCAAUUGGAGUACUUCGAACAGUACCAAACAAGAGUGAGUGAUUUGAUUGGAGCAGAGCAGACACAGAGACUUGUAAACCAAGCACUUGUUCUCAUCACUCUCGGCGGCAAUGAUUUUGUGAACAACUACUAUCUCAUUCCCUUCUCCGCAAGAUCUCGCCAAUUCUCUCUCCCCGAUUACGUUCGAUAUCUCGUUUCAGAGUAUCGCAAAGUUCUUGCGAGGUUGUAUGAAUUGGGAGCUCGACGGGUUUUGGUGACUAGCACCGGCCCGAUGGGCUGUGUGCCGGCGGAGUUGGCUCAGCGGAGCAGGACAGGGGAGUGCGUGGUGGAAUUGCAACGGGCUGCGGCAUUGUUCAACCCCCAAGUUGCUGACAUGAUAAACGAACUCAAUAGCGAAAUCGGAUCUAAUGUGUUUGUAGUUGCAAAUGCAUUUCAAAUGAACAUGGAUUUCAUCUCCAAUCCUCAAGCAUAUGGAUUUGUAACAUCAAAGGUAGCAUGUUGUGGGCAAGGACCAUACAAUGGGCUAGGACUUUGCACAAUGAUCUCCAACUUGUGCCCUGACAGAGAUCUCUAUGCAUUUUGGGAUGCAUUCCAUCCCACUGAGAAGGCCAACAGAAUUAUUGUACAACGAAUAUUGACUGGCUCCACCGAGUACAUGAACCCCAUGAAUCUCAGCACCAUCAUGGCCUUGGACUCCAGGACCUAACAACUAUUUUCUAAUUAUUAUUAGACUCUUCUAGUUUAAUUAGAAAAUAUUGUUUACUAGAUACUAUCUCUUGGAGCUGGCAAUAUGCUCUUUAUCAAUUCUUGUUGUAGGUUUGUUUUGUAUUUUUGGUAAUCUUUUUUUCUAAAAUGUAAUGACACUAGAGUGCGAUGAUGCUUGAAUUUUAUGUGUAUUAUUAGUUGUUUAAUGAGCAAGGAUUGGGUCAAUUUUAUUGUUAAUUCAA